AUAAAGCACCUUUGUCAAAGAGUCUGUUAUUAGUCCCAAGUGCCAUCUCAAUUCUACUGACUCUGCUCUUCCAACAUUAUCAGAAGUUCUUUGCAUAUAACCUACAGGCUAUAAAAGAGGAUUUUCAGAUCUGGAGACUUGUAUGUGGGAGAACAAUAUGUCUUGAUCUGAAAGACACGUUCUGCAGCAGUCUCCUCAUUUACAACUUUAGAAUAUUUGAAAGAAGAUAUGGCAGCAGAAAAUUUUCAUCCUUUCUACUGGGUGCUUGGAUGCUGUCAGCUUUGUUUGAUCUUCUACUUGUAGAAAUUGCUCAGUAUAUAUUUGGCCUCACCAUCAACAGCUUGCCUUCUGGUUUGUAAGUAGCUCCUAAUGAAUUGUUUAUUUUAGAUAUAGUUUCAAGGGAUUAUUCUGUGCAGACUUUAAUUUAA